AUGGAAAAAGUAAUAUUGGGCCAUUCCACGCUCUUCACUCUACCCUACAUGGAUAACCUUCCCACAUUUUUUCCGUUGCUGAAGAACUCGCGAUGGCUCGCUCCAGUACUUCUUAAUUCCUCGCUAGCAGUCGAUUCGUUUCUUUUUAUAUCCGGAACAGUGGCAGCAUACUCUAUGCGGAAACGUCUACUAUUCAGAUCUUAUAGAGAUGCAAGAUUUUCGCUUUAUCAACUCGUCUAUCGCCUGCUAAUGUUUUACUUCCAUCGCAUUCUCCGAAUAUGGCCAUCGAUGCUAGCAUUCACGCUUUUCAUCCGCUUCAUCUAUAAUCACUUGGGAGACGGUCCGAUGUGGUCGUAUGAUGGUAAAUUCCUUAAUUAUCUAAACGUUUCAACAAUCAGAGGUGUUCCAUUAGUAAGUGAUACAAACAGUGACCUUAGUGUCAGACCUUCAACAAGCACUUAUGGAGUUGCUAUAAGUCAGUUUGCGCUCUUUGCGUGGCGUUUAGGCGUGCCCUUCACUUCUUCGAAUUCUGUGUCUCUUGCUAAGGCUCACUGUUAUUUCGUUUUUCUCGACUCCAUGCGAGUUGGUAUUCGAAUACCAGCCUCCUGGGGUGAAGAUUUCGUACGGCUAUCAUGUUAUGAAAUUGCCAAAGGAAUAGACGCGGUGAACCGAAGAUAAUU